AUGAAAAAUGAUGAAAAGGAUCCAAACUCACAAGAAGCAGCGAUACCUAAAAAGGUGAACUUUGAUAAUAGGAUCCUUAUUACUGGCGAAGAACGCGUUAUUCAAAGCUCAAAUAAAUCAAAGGGAAAGGGAAUAUUAAAGAUGAUCAAUGGUCCUACUCGGUCCUACUCAGUUCUUUCGGUAGCCGAUUAUGCUCUUUCGAUUCUGGCUCCUUAG